AUGCAAAUCUUUGUGAAAACUCCCACUGGCAAGACCAUCACCUUGGAAGUAGAACCAAGCUAUACAAUUGAUAACGUAAAGGCGAAAAUUCAAGAUAAAGAAGACAUCCCACACGACCAGCAACGUCUGAUUUUCGCCGGAAAACAACUCGAAGACGGCCGAACCCUUUCUGACUACAAUAUUCAGAAAAAGUCAACACUUCAUCUUUUUCUUCAACUCCGAGAAAGAAUGCAGAUUUUCGUGAAAACCCUGACUAGCAAAACGAUCACGCUCGAAGUUGAACCCAGCGACACAAUCGAGAAUGUCAAGGCCAAAAUUCAAGACAAGGAAGGCAUCCCUCCCGACCAACAACGUUUGAUCUUUGCUGGAAAGCAGUUGCAGUUGGAAGAUGACCGAAUCCUUUCUGAUUACAAUGUCCAGAAAGAAUCCAUCCUUCAUCUUGUCCUUCGACUUCGUGGUGGAACUGACAAAAUGGCGUCUUUCUUACUGAACCGAUUUAUUGAAAAACAAGUAAUUAAGCACUCUAGAAAAUAUAACUGUUCAUAG